CUCAGCGGGGUGCAGUGAGAGACAGUCCGGCCUGGGGAAGAUGCGCCUCGCUGCUCAUCCUCUUUAAACUACACUGAUCACGCGCUAUACUGGAUUUAUCUCUGAGAUCUGAGGAGGGACUGAAUUACAAUGCCUGAGGAGAAAGUGUUCCAGCAGCAGGCGGUGCACGGUGGUCCCCUGGAGCAGUCGAAGGGGCCGGCCCACAGCGGGCCAAUCCCGUGUCAGAACUGUGGGAAGGCCUGUAAGGGGGAGGUGCUGCGCGUGCAGAACAAACACUUCCACAUCAAGUGCUUCGUCUGUAAAGUGUGUGGCUGUGACCUGGCUCAGGGUGGGUUCUUCGUGCGGCAGGGCGAGUUUAUCUGUACUCUGGAUUAUCAGCGUCUGUAUGGAACCCGCUGCUUCAGCUGUGAGCAGUUCAUCGAGGGGGAGGUGGUCUCGGCUCUGGGGAAAACGUAUCACCCACGCUGCUUUGUGUGCGCUUCCUGCAAACAGCCGUUUCCUGCGGGCGACCGUGUGACGUUUAAUGGGAAGGAGUGCAUCUGUCAGAAUUGCACCCAGCCUCUGCCUGCCAACAGCCCAGCACCCGUCCAGGCUGUUCACAAUUGCUGUGGGUGUGGUAAGGAGUUUAAGAAUGAACAGUCUCUGGUGGCGCUGGAUAAGCACUGGCACCUCGGCUGCUUCAAGUGCAAAGUCUGCAACAAAGUCCUCAAUGCAGAGUACAUCAGCAAGGAUGGAAUUCCAUACUGCGAGAUGGACUACCACGCCAUGUACGGCAUCCAGUGUGAGAACUGUAAGAAGUACAUCACGGGGAAAGUUCUGGAGGCUGGAGAUAAGCACUAUCAUCCCACAUGUGCCAGAUGUGUGCGCUGUGAGCAGAUGUUCGGAGAGGGAGAGGAGAUGUACCUGCAAGGUUCCUCUAUCUGGCAUCCUCCCUGCAGACAGGCAGCGCGAAUGGAGGAGAAGAGUAAGAAACAGGUGAGGAUUCAGCUCACUGACCUCCGUUUGAACGUACCUGAGCAGGUGACCAGGACUUCCUCUGAGAGCAUCACCUCGGCUCCGGCCUCCAGCACAUCUGGAUCUCCUAGCAGAGUUAUAUAUGCAAAGCUGGGUGAGGAGUUCCUGGAUUAUAAGGAUCUCGCAGCUCUUCCUAAAAUAAAGGCGAUUUAUAACAUCGACAGACCCGACAUGCUCUCCUACUCCCCGUACGUCAGCUACCCCACCGAGGAGAGGACUUAUGGAGAGUCACCCCAGUUGCUCACUCCUACUCCAACAGAGGGUGAUGGAGAAAAAUCUCCACGUCAGAGGAGACCCUCCAGCCCCAGCUCCAACAGCUCUCUGGGGGGUUAUGGCCGCUACACCCCGUCCCGCUCCCCCCAAACAUAUAGCAGACCAGAUCAGUAUCUGAGCACUAGAUACGCCCCCCAACCUGGAUGUUCCAACUCCCUGCCCGUGUACCCGGCGGGCAGGUACGGGGGGCACUAUAGCCCCAGGGGUUCCUCUCCGCUGCCCAGUGGAGGUAAAAUUACCCCACAGCCAGGGGGCAGCGGUGUGGCCCUGCCCCUGAACCCCACCACCCUGGCCAUGCUCCAGCAGCACAACUACGUCCCCUACUUCAGAGGAAUUGAGACAGAGUUCAAACAGGAACCAGGCUCUGAAAGUAAGCCUAGGACAGGCCUGCACCUCAGUUUUCCUUCUUACGGCAGUGAAAGUGGACGCAGUACCCCCAGCCUCUCCACCUACUCUGAUGGAAAAUCUCCAUCCUCUACGUACGUGGCUGCACCCAAGCACUUCCACAUACCAGAUAAUAAAACCAAAGAUAAUAUCUAUAGAAAGCCCCCUAUCUACAAACAGCAUGCCUCCAGAACAUCCUGGCAGGACGGGGAGGAGUCAGACACAAAGACCAGGACUAGUUGGACGUCACCAGACAUUGACCCCAGGACCUCCACCCACAGCCUCCCCACAGACAUGUCUCAACCCAAUUUCCCCUACAAUAAAUCAGCUUCUCUGCCGGGGUAUGGACGCAAUGGCAUCUACAAGGCGGCUGAUCUUGGAGAAGAUGACCAUGACUCCAACUGGGGAGCAAUGAGAGAGUACAAGGCAUACCCGUAUGAAAUGCUAGCUGUGACUCACAGAGCUCGGGUGAAGUUGCCGCGGGAUGUGGACCGCACUCGACUAGAGAGACACUUGUCCCCAGAGGAGUUCUUCCAGGUGUUCGGCAUGACCCUCGAACAGUUCGACCGCUUGGCUCUGUGGAAGAAGAACGACAUGAAGAAGAAAGCACGCCUCUUCUAAGCUCCGCCCCCUUACAACACCUGCCUGAACUGCUCUACUCACCUGGCCUACAUAUACGGAGGGAUGAGGGAGGGAAUGAAAUAUAUAUGCACUUCCAUCCGGCUGCGUACCUGCUGUCAUCCCAUCCAAUCACGCUGAAGACGAGCGGGCGGGUGGGCGGAGCCUGCUGGACGCUGCCUCCCGUUAGCUUCCUGUCUGUCUGUGUGUUUCUGAAUGUUCUUCUAUGGGGCUGGAGGAUGAUGUAGGAUGUAGGUGAGGCGUAUGGACUGAAUAUGCCCCUCCUCCUCCUCUCUCUCUCUCUUUCUCUCUCUUUCUUUUUUCGCUCUCUCUCUCUAUCUCGGGCUGUCUCUUCUUUACUGCUUAUCUUUGUGAUAUCUGCGCUCUCGCGUCUCGAAUUUACGCCACUUUCUCUACGUUUUUAUACCCUCAGAUCCAGGCUGUAUAUAUGUGUAUGUAUGUGUGUGUCUGUUCUAGUGCUCAGAUGCUCAAAAGCUCCUCUUUUUUGUUUCAUGAUGCCGCUGUUUUAAAGGAGAACUCUGGUGUAAAAUAGACUUUUGAUGUAGUAAAAUAUGAUAAAAAUAUUUUUCAAAAAUUUAUAAUUUUAUUUAAAAAUUUUCCCAUUUUCUCCCCAAUUUACACGGCUAAUUACCCGACCCACUCAUUAGGACUUCCUUCUAUCACUAGUGAUGCUCCAACACACCAGGAGAGUGAAGACUAACACAUGCUUCCUCUGAUACAUGUGAAGUCAGACUCCGCCUCUUUUCGAGUUUCUUCUGAUGCAGCAUUACCGAGCAGCAUCACAGCAUGCUCGGAGGAAAGCGCAGCGACUUGGUUCCGAUACAUCAGCUCACAGACGCCCUGUGUUGUGGACAUCACCCUAGGAAUGAUGUGGGGAGAGAGCUCCAUCUACCCUCCUGGAGGGAGCAGGGCCAAUUUUGCUCCCUCUGAGCGCCGGCAGCUUGUACCGCUGUACCACUCGGCGCCCGAUACAGAAAUUUUGACAGUUUUUUCAAACACGGGUCAUAAUUUACCCUGAUAGAUCGCUUUUUACACCAUUAUCCAGCUCAAAGUAGCUCCACACUUCCUUACUAGAAUCUGGAGAGCCCUGACAUAAAAAAAAAAAACUGCAGAAGAAGCUUAUUAAAAAACACUGGUUACAUCCUAUAAUGCUACUAGCUUCAGCUCCGAGCGCCGCCAUUACUGUACUGAUAAUGAUAUAGACACAUAUAUAUACUGUAUACUGUAUACAUAGACUCCGGAGUCUAGCAGCCGGAGUCUAUGUAUAUGUAUAUAUAUAUAUGUAUAUGUCUAUGUCUAAAGUUAAGUACUUUCUAUCAUGUUUUACUACAACAAAAGUCCAUUUUACAUUCUCCUUUAAGGGGAAAAAAGUGAUGCUUUGAAUUUAUCUGAUUCAGAUACAGUAUGUGCGAUCAAUAAUGAUUUCCACGUGAAUGAAACAUACAGUAAAUAUAUCAACACUUUUUUUUAUUUUAACAUAAGCUUUUUAUUUACUUUUAGCAAUAACUCUGUGUUGAUGGAAUAUAUUAAAUAUUUAAUUCGAGUGGAAACUAUACAUACGUUUGAAUCACACACUGUAAAAAUUGGCUUGUUUUAGCUAAAAGUAGAUUUUAAGUUACACGGCUGCCUGACUCACUCUAAAAUGUGCUUAAUCCAUUCAUAAUCAGCAGAUUACCAAUCAAAUGCAAUCAAUCAAUCAACUAAACUUUAUUUUUGACUCGGAAGUACAUUGAAGGCAACCCUCAUUUUUUUAAUGUAGCCGAACAUUUACAAAUACAGGAAA